UCAUUUACAGGAUGUUCGCUUGACCAAAUACAUUACGGUUGCUUGAUAAAAGAAUCAGUAUGCAGAUGUGGAUUUGGUUGUAAAAAUGAAUACAAGUACAGGACGAGAAGAAUCUGUAUAAAUGCUUUACGAUCGGCAUGGCUUCAAGUGAAAUCCUAUUAUAAUACACCUAUUGAAACUUCUAGACUUUGGAGAUCAAAUAAGCCCCUGUCUAUGUCUGCUUUCAAAAACUAUCUUCAACUUAACAAUUUCAUAUUCUGGAUUAAGUCACAUAUUUUUGUUUUUAUUAAUACAUCUUAUUUAGUGAACAGAACACACGAUUGCUAUAAGUCAUGCGUUCACGGCGUUUGCAUCCCAACUGAUGCGGGAUACGUCUGCAAUUGUAACGGCACUAACCACUAUGGAGACCAUUGUGAAAAAGCUUGUCCAGGAAUUGAAGCAAAUGGCGAGAACAUCCCAAGAGUCUGUGGCUCUUAAUAUGAAAAAUGAUACAUCU